AUGACUCUCACAUUCGAAGAACAAUCGAGCGAUCUUUACAGCUCACCUUAUUUAGUCGAUUACUACGACUUAGUCGCUCCUAACUCACGCUCGGUCGAUGAUGCAUCUUUUUAUUGGGAAGUUUACCAAAAGCUUUUCGCUCUUCGAUCGCCUACUCCCGAAGAUCCCUUCGUCAUCUUGGACGUUGGGACGGGAACAGGCCGCGUCCUCCACGGCCUCGAAUCAAACGCCAUCAAUUCAGAAUGUGAAUUUGUCAACACUGAGAUAGUAGGUGUUGACAAUGCCCAGCACAUGUUGGAUAAAGCCAAAGUGAUCACGACAGGAAUUUUGAAAAAUUGUGUCAGCUGGGUCCAUGGAUCUGCUCUCAAUUUGAGAGAAGUCAUGGACGCACGCAAACACAAGAAAGUCGAUCUUUUGAUAUUCUCAAUCGGCUCCAUCAGUCAUCUUUAUGAGUCUGGCCAGCCAGAGGAAUUCCUAAACCAGACUUCCAAGGUCCUUCGCCCUAGAACUGGACGAGCCUAUGUAUCAAUUUACGAUGGCUCUCUGCUCAACCCCAAUAAGAAGAUUGCAUUCCAUCAACCUCAGGGUGUCAGCGAAUUGAAGAGUGCCGUGUUUGCCUCGAUAGUUUAUAGAGAAUCAAAUCACAGAGGAGAGCUGGAAAGAAACGUUAAGUUCCUCAAGUUCGAGCUGGAAGUCGUGGAUAGCGACAACCAGUCCGUCGUGGAGACGAAUCAUAUUUCAAUGAAGAUGCGGCAAUGGUUAGACGAUGAGCUCAUCCUUCUCUCUUCGGAGACUGAUGCAUGCUUUGUUGAAAGUGUCAGAGGGGCCCAUGAGACGUUUUAUGUGUUUAAGGCGAUUGAGACUGGAAGUGAAUAA